AUGCUCCAAAUCAAAGAUAUCAUAUUGCUACACCUUGAACUGGUUUUGUUUGUAACUUCAGCUCCAUGGAUUCUGUUCAUUCUUAUUGUGAACCUCUUGGAAUGGAUACAAAUUAAAAGACUUAAUUUAACUGACCAGCUUAUAUUUGGCAUCAGCAUAGCCACCCUUUCAAGUGUAAUAAUUCACAUCAUGUAUAAUUCGGCUACUCUAGUCCUAGACACAAAUCUUUCUAAUGGAUUAAAAGUAAUUAGCUCAGUUUUGUAUGUGGCUUCAGUAUCCUGCACUAUUUGGUUCUAUACCUGGCUUAGUGUACACUUCUGUCUGAAAAUUGUUAACAUCAAUAAUUAUAUCUAUAUAUAUUUCCAAAAUAACUUCUGCAAGAUUCACCGGAUUAUUUUUUUUCAAACUGUACUUGCAGCUUUAUUUAUUUCUCUUCCUCCUGCAUGGGAAGAAACAGAAACUUCACUAUCAAACAACACUGAUUUCGUGUCAAAUGAUGUUCCUUUGGAGACAGUAAAUACAUUUCAUAAAAUUACUAACGCAUAUUGUACUGUUGCCUUUUUACUAUUUUGUAGUUCAGCUUCGAUAAUCAUUGCAUCUCUCUUUAGACACAUGAAGAACAUAAAAGGAAAAGAUGUAGGUCUUAGACCCAAUUUAGGACCUCACCUCCGAGGAGCCAAAUUUGUGACCUCCCUCCUUGUUCAGAAUGUUAUUUAUUUCACUGCCACUAUAAUGCUUUCUUAUGGUGGUAAAAAUGUUCAUUUGGAUCACUUUGGAGCUAUUACAACAUCCAUUUUUUACAUCUCAAGCUCUCUGACUCUCAUAAAAGGAAAUAAUAAACUUGAUAAGAAAAUGGAUGACAUGCUCUUGCUCUGCCGUUUUACUGAACCACAAAUCAACCCAACAAUUUAA